GACGGUCCCAGGCCGUACAUGCGCAGUCGUGAGUCCUCGUGUCCUUGAGCGUUCAGCUUCUUUCCCUCAAGUGGCUGGGGUUCGUGUUUCCUUCUUUGAUUGACAACUUGUGUUAACUCUCGCACAUCUCUGGGCCAGUUUUUGCUUGUAAGUCUUUCCGGAGCUACCAGGAAUUUAAAUCAUUUUGCUUUACUGUCAUUAGCAUCGCGCCCUUCCCCGAAGAAAGUCUCCGAAGGGUUGCGGCUUUUCGGGUGGCGCAGUUCUCGCGAGAAGGUGACUUUCUGUCUCGGUAUUUCCUGGUUUCCAGAAUCCUUAGCGCGAGGCGGAAAAAAUAUUUCUCCCAGCUUGUGUUGAUGCCGCGAUUUUGACUGAGACUUCUUCCCACGAUUUGUGUUUUUGCUUCUCCAAGGAAAAUGGCAGCUCCUGAGCAGCCACUUGCGAUAUCAAGGGGAUGCACGAGCUCCUCCUCGCUUUCCCCGCCUCGGGGCGACCGAACCCUUCUGGUCAGGCACCUGCCGGCUGAGCUUACCGCUGAGGAGAAAGAGGACUUGCUGAAGUACUUCGGGGCUCAGUCUGUGCGGGUCCUGUCAGAUAAGGGGCGACUGAAACAUACAGCUUUUGCCACAUUCCCUAAUGAAAAAGCAGCUAUAAAGGCACUGACAAGACUCCAUCAACUGAAACUUUUAGGUCAUACUUUAGUCGUUGAAUUUGCAAAAGAGCAAGAUCGAGUUCACUCCCCAUGUCCCACUUCAGGCUCUGAAAAAAAAAAAAGGUCUGAUGACCCUGUUGAAGAUGAUAAAGAAAAGAAAGAACUUGGUUAUUUAACAGUAGAAAACGGAAUUGCACCAAACCAUGGGCUGACUUUUCCUUUAAAUUCAUGCCUCAAGUAUAUGUACCCACCACCUUCCAGCACAAUCCUAGCCAACAUCGUAAAUGCCUUGGCAAGUGUGCCUAAGUUCUAUGUACAGGUCCUUCAUCUUAUGAAUAAAAUGAAUUUGCCCACACCUUUUGGACCAAUUACUGCGCGACCUCCCAUGUAUGAAGACUAUAUGCCAUUGCAUGCACCUCUUCCACCCACAUCUCCUCAGCCACCGGAGGAACCUCCUUUGCCAGAGGAGGAUGAGGAGUUAUCUAGUGAAGAAUCAGAAUAUGAAAGCACUGAUGAUGAGGACCGACAGAGAAUGAACAAAUUAAUGGAACUAGCAAAUCUUCAGCCCAAAAGACCUAAAACAAUAAAGCAGCGCCAUGUGAGGAAAAAGAGAAAAAUAAAGGAUAUGUUGAAUACACCUUUGUGUCCUUCACACAGCAGUUUACAUCCAGUGCUGUUACCUUCAGAUGUAUUUGACCAACCACAACCUGUAGGUAAUAAAAGAAUUGAAUUCCAUAUAUCUACCGACAUGCCAGCUGCAUUUAAGAAAGAUUUAGAAAAGGAACAAAAUUGUGAGGAAAAAAAUCAUGAUUUACCUGCUACUGAAGUUGAUGCAUCCAAUAUAGGAUUUGGAAAAAUCUUCCCCAAACCUAAUUUGGACAUCACAGAGGAGAUUAAAGAAGACUCUGAUGAAAUGCCAUCAGAAUGUAUUUCUAGAAGGGAAUUGGAAAAGGGCAGAAUUUCUAGAGAAGAAAUGGAAACACUUUCAGUUUUCAGAAGUUAUGAACCUGGUGAACCAAACUGUAGAAUUUAUGUAAAGAAUUUAGCUAAACAUGUUGAAGAAAAGGACCUUAAAUAUAUUUUUGGAAGAUAUGUUGACUUUUCAUCAGAAACACAGCGAAUCAUGUUUGAUAUACGUUUGAUGAAAGAAGGUCGUAUGAAAGGACAAGCUUUCGUUGGACUUCCUAAUGAAAAAGCAGCAGCAAAAGCCUUAAAGGAAGCUAAUGGAUAUGUGCUUUUUGGAAAACCCAUGGUGGUUCAGUUUGCUCGAUCUGCUAGACCAAAACAAGAUCCUAAGGAAGGAAAAAGAAAGUGUUAAAAAUUAAUAAAGAAGCAUUCCUGCGUAAAUACUGCUGUAAUACUGUCAUGCAAAGUGUAUCCUUUCUUGUCGUAUCCUUUUUGGGGCAGUGUUUUUUUGUUUUUUUCCUAGAAAUGUUUGUCCUUCCCCCACCUGUUGAUCCAGGUUAAGGAAUACUUUUUUACACUUUAUUCAAAUGAAAUAUUUCUAAAAUUAUUUGUAUAGACUGAACAAAUCUUUUAUGUGUUUUUAGAUUUGUUGAAUUUUCUGUGCUGUCCUUUAUAUAAUUUUUUGAGGGAAAGUUAGUGAAUCAGGUCAACUUACUUAGAGAAUGUGUUCAUUUACUUUAACCCAGAAUACAGUCUUGUUUUUUCAAUUUGUAUGUUUCCUAAACCUAAUUCAAUAACGUAUGCUUUCUGUUGUGUAAUAUAUCUGGUUUAGGUAUUUAUAAUGUGUUUAAAAUUAAAUUGGGCAAGGGAAAUGUUUUUCUUUUAAAAAGUACUUACAUUGAAAAUUAAGAUGUCUGGAUUACUAUGUAAAUUCUAGAGAGUAGCAGACCUCUCAUCUGAAGUCUUAGUGAAUCUCUUUUGACAUAGAUAGCAAUAGAAGUAUCUUUCUUCUUUCCCCUUUCUUUUUCUAAACAAGAGAAGAAAAGCAUAAUAGAGGGGAGAACACAUAAUGCCCACUAAGGGUAGUGCAUUAAGUCUUGGCAGGUAUAUAGGAAUAGUGGUUUCCAGACUGGUUGAUGACCGUAAUCACCAAGAACAGUGGUUCUCAGUCUUGGCUGCACAUUACAGUGAUCUGGAACUUAAAUACUCAUUUUAAAAGGGUGCAGUGGCUCAUACCUGUAAUCCCAGCACUUUGCAAGUCCGAGAUGGGAGAAUCACUUGAGCUCAGGAGUUUGAUACCAGCCUGGGCAAUGUAGGGAGACCCUGUCCCUACAAAAAAUACAAAAAUUAGCCAAGUGUGGUGGCUUGCACCUCUGGUCUCAGCUACUUGGGAUGCUAAGGCAGGAGGAUCACUUGAGCCCCAGAGGUUGAGGGUGCAGUGAAACAUGAUCACACCACUGCAUUCUAGCCUGGGUGACAGAGUGAGACCCUCUCCCUCCUAAAAAAAUCCUUAAGAAAUAUAUUGAUGCCUGGUUCCUUUGGUCAGAAUUUUGAUUUAAGGUGUUGGGAGUGUAGCACAGAUGUUGGAAUAAACCUCUCAAACUGAUUUUAAUAUACAACCAAGGUCAAGAACCACCAAGGAAGAGUUUUUAUGCAUAAAGAUUCCUGUACUCUGCCCUAGAACUAAUACAUGUGAAUCUCUGGGAAUGGAGUAUAAGAAUCAGAUUUGAAAAGAUUUCCUUAGUAAUUCUAAGGACUGACCAGUUUGGACACUGCUUUGUUAGAGUAAAAUAAUUAGGUACCUAAUAUCAACCUAGCCAUCCAACCUUAUAUUAAUAACUAGGAAAAUAAAGGGUUGGAGCCUCUGUGUUUCUUUGUUGAAAAAUCUGCUUCUAUUAUUAGAUCUAUGAAAACAAUUGAAAAUUCUGUUAUUAUCACCUUAAAAGUACAAAACCUAUAGAUAUUGAAAAUGUAAUUAUUUUUCUGUAGGCAUAGUUAAAAUGAUUUUGUAAAUGUUAUAAAUCAGUUUCUUUAUAAGCAGUUUAUUUAGAUACAUUUUGUUAUACUGACAUGAUUCACUAAUUUUCUAACUAUAAAUGGUUCAGCUCUCAGUUAUUUUUAAACUAAUGACCUGUGUUAUACUUACUGUUUUUAAUGGGCUUUUAUGAUCUUUUAGGUUUUUUUGAAUCCCGUGUCCUUCAAGUGCUUUCUAACUUUGAGAGGAAGAAAUUGACCACCUGGACUGUGGAACUGUGCGUAACAGCUUUGAAAGUGUAUUUAAAAAUUAAAUCUAUAUGCCUUUAAAUCAGUGAAUUGGAAACAUAUUACAUGUAUUUUAAUGAUUUUCCUCAAAUAUAAUAAAUUGUUUCCUUUCCAAUAAAA